GUAAAUGAGUAGGUAAUAAUUAAACUUGCAAAGAAAAAUUGCCAUCAAAGAAGAAUUAAUGGACAAGUACUCACAACCACUAAUUCCACCUCCAUUUCUAAGCAAUAUACUAAUUACUCUUUCGGUUCUUCCCUCGUCAUUUCCCUAAAUAUCUCCUACUAAGGAAUUUUUGUUUUAGGAUAAUUAUGCAUAAAUAUAUAAAUUAAAAAUCAACCUCUAAUAAUAUAGACUUUCAAUAAUUUUAAUUUUUAACACAAUUAAUCAAUAUUAUUAUGACUAAGUAAAGUCAUACACUGAUAGAUUAAACUAAGUUUAUUUAUUUAUUUAUCGAGCUUUAUUAAACGAUACUAUUUUUUUAAGCCGAAACUCCAAAUAAGAUGCGAGGGGGAUGAUUUGGUUACGGCGGGAGACAUAUAUAAAGGUGCAGAUUGCAGAAGGAUGAUCGAAGAAAAGAAGGCAGCAAAGAACACGAGAAUCAGAGCAUUUCCAACAGCUGCAUUAAAUAAAAAGCGAUAAAGCGGGUGGGGCACAAAAUGAAGGCGGAGGAGGUGAUGGACGGCUCCGAUAUAAUGGAGUUGGUUGAGAACGACAAGGUCUUCUCUAACUUUGUUGAUCACAAGUUUCAAGAGCUCGACGCCGAUUGCGACGGUAAGCUCUCCCUCAACGAGCUCCAGCCCGCCGUCGACGACAUCGGCGCCGCCCUUGGCUUGCCCGCCCACGGCGCCUCCCCUGAAUCCGACCAUAUUUACUCCGAGGUUCUCAACGAAUUCACACAUGGUAAACAAGAAAAGAUAAGCAAGAUUCAGUUCAAAGAGGUUCUGUCAGAUAUUCUACUGGGCAUGGCUGCGGGCUUGAAACGGGAUCCUGUCGUGAUUCUCAGGAUCGACGGUGAAGACCUCCACGAGUUCGUCAACGGGCCCACCUUCGAGCCGGAGAUCAUCUCACUAUUCUCCGAGAUUGACCUGCCCGGGGGAUCACUCAGAGACUACAUCAUCAAGGCCUUCGAGAAACUCUCAGUUGAUCAAGGAGUGCCCCCGGCUACGGAUCCUUGGGUUUUGACCAACAUUCUGGAGCCGGCUCUGGAGCGCUCAGGGGAUUCCCUAAACGAGACGGUCUCGCAGGAGACGUUCCUAGCUGAGUUCAGACGAGCAUCGGAGAAUGUAGCUUGCCUUCUGAAGGAGCAACCUGCUAUUGUUGCUCACAGUCAGAAUACCUUUGAUGGGAGUGGCAUUAGAAGGCUGUUGUCUAAUAAAUUUGAGCUGGAUAAGGCGUUGGAUUCUGUUCUGAAGAGCGUUCCGAGGGAUCGCCAUGGGAAGAUAUCGAAGGAAUGUCUGAGCGUUGCGCUUGAUAAUCUGGCUGCCUCGGCCGGCUUGCCUCCGCUCGGCGCUGUUGAGCAGAUGGAUAACAUAGCGACGGAAGCCCUGAAAAUGUUCGAUGCCGGGGAUGGGAAGGCAGUGAAGGAAGACGAGUUCAAGAAGCUGCUAACCGAGGUUCUCGGGAGCAUCAUGCUGCAGCUCGAGGGCAAUCCCGUCUCGAUCUCGAUAAACUCGGUCGUCCACGAGCCGUUGGCGUCGUCCUCCACCCUCCUGCAGCCGUCGUCGCCGUGAUCCGUGUACAUACAACUCAACUGAUGGAGACUUGUAAGUUUUGACUGUGAGGGUUGCUAGCUUGCUACUUUCUACUUACUACUUACUAUAUAUAUAUAUAUAUGCAGUUGCUUAAACAGGAUCAUUAAUUAUAAGUUAACUCUUAAUUAAGCUCCCUAAUUGUCCUACAAGAUUCUUUUUUUUUUUCUUGCUUUUGUUGUUAAUGUCUGUAUUUUUCUGGUAUUGAAGAAAUAAUGAUGUCUUUGAGUUUA